GCACUAGCAGACAUAUGGGUCCCAUCAUCAUCACUUCCUCCACCACCUUCCCCAACCGACCUUCCCUCCUUUUGCCUGACCUAUACAGUCUCUCUUUCUCUCUCUCACCGAAACAACCCUUUUUUUUUUUUUUCUCUCAAAGCUGCCUAUUUCUUCACCUGUGCCAAGUCUUGAACCUUCUUAAUUUUCUUGCUUGUUUGUAAUGGAAGGUGGUUUAAUUUUACUUGGUGGCGGUGGUGGUGGUUCUUCUGGGGUUUCUACAAAGGAGUCAGCAGUUUCUAAAGUGGAGGUUGUUUCUGAAGCAAGUUCCUAUCCAGCGGAGAGUGAGCUGGAGUUAGGCCUGGGGCUGAGCCUUGGUGGUAGUGGUGGUGCUACAGGGAAGACCAAGCCCGCCUGUAGUUCUUCAUGGGGUGAGUGUGGAAGAAUCUUGACUGCAAAAGACUUCCCUUCAGUGGUCUCUCAUAAAGCUAAUAACGGUGUUCCUUCUUCUAUUGCUGUUUCUGGGACCAAGAGAGCCGCUGAGUCUGUCUCCCAUGAGGGUGGAUCUCCUACUGGCGUCGGUCACGUUGUGGGAUGGCCACCCAUAAGGGCUUAUAGGAUGAACAGUUUGGUUAACCAAGCAAAGGCUCCAAGAGCUGAAGAGGACAAGGAAAUUUGUGAAAAAGACAAACUCAAGGAUGCUUCGAAAAAGAAACUUUACAAUGGCAACAAAAUCAGUUCUGCUGUUAAUGAAAAAGGACAUCUUGGGUUUGUUAAGGUCAAUAUGGAUGGAAUUCCAAUAGGAAGGAAGGUGGAUUUGAAUGCUCAUUCAUGCUAUGAGAGUUUGGCUCAAGCACUGGAAGAUAUGUUUCUCAGAUCUGCUAACUCAGUUGGUGCAGAGAAGGAACAAGUAACAAAACCCUCUAAGCUUUUGGAUGAAUCAUCUGAAUUUGUUCUGACCUAUGAAGACAAAGAGGGAGACUGGAUGCUUGUAGGAGAUGUCCCAUGGAGGAUGUUUCUCAGUUCAGUCAGAAGGCUCCGGAUCAUGAGGACGUCGGAGGCUAAUGGACUUGCUCCAAGAUUUCAUGAAAGCAAUGAAAGGCAAAGAAGCAAGCCCAUUUAGCAUCAUAGCCGUCCAUCAUUUGAAUUCCAGAAAGACAAAAAGAAAACCCACAGUUUGAACACAGAAGCUAAAAGAAAUUAGAGAAGUUGAUGAGUUGAAGCAUAUUGCCAAGAUUGUUUUCUCACUGCUUGUUAGAGUUAUUCUCGAAUCAUUUUAUGUUUCUUGCUGCUUUUUGUUUUGUUAGGUCAUAUUCAAUUUAGCUUUCUCUCUUAUAUACUGCCAUCAUACGAUCCUGCGACCUUGACUGGAAUGCUGCUUUGUUACACUGUACAUAUGGGAGUACUCGAAAUCUAGAGUGCUUUGAGUAUUGCUGCCAUCAAGCAGCUCAGUUUUACUGUUGAGAUAUAAGAAAUGUUUGUGUGAUUCUGAUGUUAAAUGUGUUUUCAUUCUGUUGGUUGGCCCUGUUUUCGUUAUGUUAUACUUUAAUCCGAGUUUCUGAGUGUUUUGUUAUUACCGGGCUUUGGCCUACAAAUUCUGAUCAUUCUAA